UAUCCAUCCAGCCAGCCAACCCAGGCAACCCAGCUCAAAAAUCAUGGCACCAAGGAAAGCGAAAGCUUCGAAGCAGGAUCGCAACCCGAAGCGCGGUAAAGCAGUUCCGCUCAAGAAGGGGUCCGGUGCGAAAGCGGCUCCAUCCAGCGGCACAAAGAAAGCGGGCCCUGCUGCAAAGCACCCGGUUGGACGGCCUCUCAAAAUAUACGGGGUGAAGUCGUCUGCACCUGCCAAGCUUCUGAGCGUCGACAGUUCCAAAGGCCCCAGCUCUCGGGAAGCGGGCAAAUCCGGAGCCUCAAGAGACGGCCGACUGCCGGGCCGGGGAAGGAAGGUGGCGGCCAGCACGGGCAAGGAUGUCUCGCCCCCCGCUGUGUCGAGAAGCCCCUCCGGGGGAACCUCGCGCGCACACCUGCGAUCCUCGCCGCGCACACCUGCCCGGCCGGAACCGUCACCCCCCAGGCAAUUGGAUGUAAAAGUCACGGAAAAAAAGUCACCAAAGGAGGCGAGCACUGCUGCCGUUGCAGCGUCCCAGCUCCCGGCCGUCGAAGCUUCCGUGGGCCGUCGAGACAAAGAGCUACCUGUAGCGAAAAUGGCGCCUACCAGGUCCACCUCCGAGGUCCUGGAUUUCUCAAGCUCGGAAGUUGAGGCCGUGAAGCCUGCGCCGUGCGAGACGGGCAAGAACUACCACUGCUGCGUCCGAGACUGCACAACCUCCACGGGCAACAGCCGGGGCAUCUGGAUGUUCGCCCUGCCCCAGGAGGAGAAGCUGGCGGCAGCCUGGCGCAAGGCAGUACCCAUCAACCUGAGACGCAACCGGCCCCUCAGUCCCCGCGUGUGCUUCCAGCACUUCAACACUGGCGACUUUGUGAGGCGUAGGUUGCGCCUCGUGGGGCUCGCCCCAACUGCGGUGCCCUGCAUCAACGCAUCAAAGCUUUCCUCCUCGGCAGGGGCGUCGAUGAGGUCCAACAGACAGACCCCCACAAGAUGCGUGGCGUCGGGAUCCACGGCAAAGCGGUCGGAGGAGGCGGAAAGCGAUGGCAGAGUCCCCGCCUCGAAGGCCUCCAUUCCGUCGGAAGGAGGCUCGUCCACGCCCGAUCUGUCAAAGGAGUUGGAGUCCGCAGAAGAAACGAGACCAUUUUCCGAGGAAACGCAGCAACGUCUGGCGGCUGCGUCAUCUGGUACCGUCGACGUGGCGUCGGAGAAACCACGCAACGACGUCGAAGUCGCCCCACCUGGAUCUUCGCAAGGCGACUACGUCGAUCUGGCGACCGCCGAGUUGAUGAGAGAUGCCAGCGUCGUCCCUCCCGUGCCGGAGCAACCCAGUUCCUUUGGCGUGACACCCGUCAAGUAUAGGCUUGACGGCGGAGAAGUGACCCCCACCGAACGUUUGGCCUGCGGUUCGGAGAGUGCGGCUGAGGGGCCGCAUUCGCCCGAAGACGUUGCGGAAGAAAGGGAACUGCCCCGGCCCCUGUUGACUCCACCAGGAAAUCUGGAACACGACGGCAAGGAGGAGAGGCCGUCUGAACUUGCGGUCAGUCUGUCGGAGGUACGGGUCUCCGUCGACAAAGCCGACGACUCCCUGCUUCUUCCGCCGUCCGGUGCGUCGUUGCAACCGGGGCUUGUCGAAGCGGAAGCGCCUGCCGCUUCGCCGGUCCCUCCUCUGUGGGAAAACGCGGAUGUCUGUGAGCUCCAGGAGGAGGUCGUCCUCACCCAAUACGCUCUGCAGUACCUCGUGUCGGAGGAAAUGGACCCGUCCGAGCUGGCACUGAGCAUCCCCGAAAAACCGGACGACGAUGGCGGACGGGACCGGCUCGGCGCCUCCACAUCAAGAGACGGUCCCGGGGCGUCCGAAGCAUACGACGUUCGUGAUGCGGCAACCGUCCUGCGAAUCGACGGAAAAGAAUGUCUUGAAGAUACGAGCCAGGACGAUGCGAGUUCCGGCGAGGGGGCCAGAACUUCCUGCGCCGCUAGUCCCGCACCGUCGGGCUCGCAAAAAACGACGGAGAUAGGCAGUGCGAGCGCAGCCGUCAAGGACUGCACAAGGUCCUUCCCAGAGCCGAAGAACCCGGGCAGGAGUUGGAAAACAUUGAACGAAGUCGAUGUUGAAGGAUUCCUGCCCAUACCGUCAAACUCCAGAGAGCUACCGGAGGCAAUACCUCCAGAGGUCCAGAGGACUGAAGCCGACGCAAACACAGACGCUCCGGGCGACGUCGACGCUCAAGGAUUACAACCCAUACCGUCGGACUCCAGACAGCUACCGGAGGGAGUACCUCCAGAGGUCCAAAGGACUGAAGCCGACGCAAACACAGACGCUCCGGGCUACGUCGACACUCAAGGAUUCCUGCCCAUACCGUCGGACUCCAGAGAGCUACCGGAGGGAGUACCUUCAGAGGUCCAAAGGACUGAAGCCGACGCAAACGUAGACGCUCCGGGCUACAUCAACACUCAAGGAUUCCUGCCCAUACCGUCGGACUCCAGAGAGCUACCGGAGGGAGUACCUCCAGAAGUCGGGAGGACUGAAGCCGACGCAAACACAGACGCUUCGGGCGACGACUCUUCGGGGAUGCCGUCUUCGAUUGCAGCUGACCCGAAACGGUCCUCAGGUGCCGUCGGAGCUCAUCGGAGCUCCCUGCCGACCACAAAUUCAACGUCGAGCGUGCCGACCCCCGCACGCGGCAAUUACGCUGUCGUGGUGACCCCCGUGGGAGACGAGGAUGGUGCUUACAUGUGCGCGGUCGUGUGGGAGGGGGAUGGAGACCCGGACUGGUCUGACAAAGAGGAGGAGGGGGGUUCGAACGGCAACCCUCCAGCCCUGACCUUCCAGGAGGUGCAAGAGGACUUACCCUGGCUGGUGGGCGGUGCCUGGGAGAUCCAGGAAGGGCCCGACGGUAUCGUGGUCACCCAGUCCGCAGGAGGCCAGGCGCGCGUCGUGGUGUCUAGGGACCUGACGGCCUCAUCCUUCCUGGGCAACCGGCGAGUGCUCGGGCCCCGCCAGAUCACCGAGGUCAAUGACCUCAUCGUCUUCUUCAAGGUGCUCAUUGCAAGGUAGUUGCGCCGGACGUCUCGUGUUUGCUCGAAGCACUUUUUCGUUCUGUCAUGUGGUUUUUGUCAUACUACCGCGCCAAGAGUUUGAUUUUGGUCGAGGUGGGAGUGAGAUGGUUUUCUGCUCCCAAUUGGACGUGAUGCCACAACUUGCUCAUAGUCUACCAAUGAUACAUUUCUUACUUGUUUUCGAGUUCACAUCUGGCAAUAUUUUGUUAAGAACGUCGCAACAACAUACCAAUAGCAAGAGGUCUCGCGGCCUCCGAUGUGCUUGUCCUCGGUACUCCUUCAUCCACCGUGUAAUGUCGGCUGGUAGCAGAACAACUCGAGAACGCCUAGGUACUUGCACUCCUGAACAUAUCUUAAAGGUGUCGCCCCAACACUAAAUAAACUGUGCUGUUUUUUUCUUUUCACAUUAUAUUUAUGUAUUUAGUUUUGUUUAUUUCCAUUUGUCAUUCCUCACACGAGCUUGUCAAUUUCUCCAAAUUCUCGUUUCAUUUCUUCCAAUCAUUGUAUUCAAACUUGUAGCGAGUUACAUGUUUGGAUAUGUUUUAAUUGAUACUAUUGUGCUCUUAAAUGUUAUUUCUGUGCAAAACAUGGUAUUUGAAGGGCAAAAAACUAAAUGCCGAUGUAUAAUUUUUGAUGAAGCCUUUGACCCUUAAUGCCCAUCUCUCUGUUCCCAACGCAAAGCAGAAUCCGUGCAUGGAAUUACCGUCAUGGCCCGUGUUCUGCCGAAAUCUGUCUCAAAUAAAAUUGUAAAUAUAUGUUGCA